AUGGGGACACUGCUGGGGACCCUGAACCGUGGGGACCCUGACCCUGGAGACCCUGACCCUGGAGACCCUGACCCUGGAGACCCUGACCGCUGUGCUCUCCCCCCACAGCUGUCCAUGAAGGAGGUGGGUGACGGGCUGCACGAGCAGAUGAACUGCAUGAUGGGCGCCCUGCAGGAGCUGAAGCUGCUGCAGGUGCAGACGGCCCUGGAGCACCUGGAGCUCUCGGAGCAGCGCCACUGCUGCAGGAGCGGCACGGGGACGGGGCUGGGGGACACCCAGGGAUGCUGCCCCCCGUCCCUGGCGUGUCCUGUGCCACAGCCAGCCAGCCUGUGCCAGCCUGCCGCGUCCCCAGAGAGCCACCGGCCCCGGGACAGCCCCUGCUCCUCGCAGAGCCUCUGCAGGGACGGCGUGCGCCCCCCGAAAGGACCCUCCCCAGUGCCCCGGGCACCGGAGCCAGGCCAGGGCACGGCUGGGGCGUGGGCACCGUGCCAGGAGUGCCCGGGCUGCGACGAUGGCCACGACUGGACCUCGUCCCUGAUGUCGCAGAGCAGGAACCGGCAGCCGCUGGUGCUGGGCGACAACAUCUUCGCAGACCUGGUGGGCAACUGGCUGGACCUGCCCGAGCUGGACAAGAAGGGCGACAAGGGCGAGGCCUCCCUGUCCCUGAGCAGGUCCCAGGAGCUCUGCAGGAAGUUCUCCCUCACCACCAACAUCUUCAAGAAGUUCCUGCGCAGCGUGCGGCCGGACCGCGACAGGCUGCUCAAGGAGAAGCCUUGCUGGCUCCCUCCCGAGGACAAACAGCCCCACAUCUCCAAGAGGUCCAAAAAGAUCAGCAAACUCAAGGGCACGUUUUACCUGCCCCUGCACGGGAACCUGCAGAGCCACCACAGCAAGGCAGAGAGGUGCCCAAGGGCAGAGGGCCGUGGCGAGCUCCCCAAGGUGGGCACCAGGAAAGUGCCCGAGCCCAGAGACUACAGCCAGGCAGGGUUUGACAUCAACACGGCCGUGUGGGUGUGAGCCUGCUCUGCCCAGCCUCUCACAGCUCUGCUCUGCCCAGCAUCUCCACACCCACCGCCAGCUGGAGGCCGCCCACCUGCCCAGGGACUCUGACAAGAGAGGAUCUUGCAGAAAUGCUGCACACGGAAUUUUCUGCACAACUCCAGCUCCAGGGACUGCCUGAGCAGCAGCUCCACCUGGGGAGACCUUUGGGGACCAAUAUUGGCAAAAAUAAUGCAGAUCUUUAGCAGCUUUAGGGUGAGUGGUGCCACAGGUGAGCAGCUCCUGGUGCCAGGCCCAUUCCAUCAUCUCCAGCUCAAUGGUGCAGCACAAAAUCCACAGUGUGCAUGUGUGUGUAUGCGUGUGCAAAUAUAUAUAUAUAUAUAGUUUUGUUUAAAAAAAUCUAUUCCUGCUUGUGUGCACUUGAAACUGGGUUACAAACCAGGCAUCCCAAGCCUUGUACCUGAAGCACUUGUUAUUUAAAUGGAAAGAAAUAUGUUUGAAUUUAUAAGACUUGAACAAUUGCUGAGUGGGGGCCAGACCCCCAGCUUUGGGGGAGUUUCCCCUUAAACUGUGUCCCUGGUGCCCUGCCAGCAUCUCUCCCUCCCCUGCCAGUCCAGCCAGGGGGCACAAGGCUCCUUACUGGGCGUUUGUGACCGGGGGUCUCGGUGGUUUGCCCCUUCCCUUGCCCCUGUGGAUUGUUGCAGGUACAGCACUGCUGAAGUUCAUGGUUGGAUUUUCUCCAGAUGCAAAGUUCAGUGCCCCAGCUCCUGUUGUGUUCCUGUUGCUGUUGUACAAACCCUGCUGUGACAGAACCAAGUUCUUCAG